AUGGCCACGGCAAACGGUACGGCUCAGGCCUACCAGCCCGGCAACUUCACCUCCCAAAACAACCCCUUGGGCGACAAUGGCCCUACUUCGCCAUCUGCUUCUCUCACAUCUGGGACAACGGCAAAAGACUCGUCGACUCCACCAUCUGUCUUGGAGCAAUCUGACAUGAAGCAACAGCAGGCUACGCUGAACCCCACGUCCAGCUCAUGGGUCCCCAACAUUGGUGCAACCAACGGACAGUUUACCCAGCCCGUCACAUAUGUUCCUGGCCAAUGCAGCGUCCCGAUGCCCCAAGCUGGCGGAACGGCAGCUGGCCCCCUUCCUCCACCCAUUGCCCCCAUGAACAACACGAACAACAUGAACAAUGGUCCCUACUACCCCUCCCAGCACAUGUUCCAGAGAUUCAACCAGGGCCACAAUGGCAUCGCGAAUGGAACUGCUUCGUCCUAG